UUGAGUUCAGAGCAGGCCAGAGUCGGUGUCUGAGAGUGUUUUCCCGUUAAUUUCUUUUCGCUUGCAGGGGAAAGAUUAUCAGAAGGCGGGGUGAGUUGGUGAAGUUGUGUGUGGAAGGUGUGGAGGAGAUGAUUCCUUUAGCGGGAUGUACCGAAGGAAAGUCGUGCCCAGGUUCGUUCCUUGCUGUCUCAUGGUGGUCCUGUCUUUCUUUACAGAGAUCAAUGAAGGUGGAUACUUGAGUACUAUGCAGAGUGCAGCUUUGAUCUCCUGUACUGAAGGUUUUACACAACUGGGCUACUAUAAUGGCUCAGUUUCCCACACGGACUCAGGCUCCCCCUGCCUGAAGUGGACAGACUUCCCAGGCUACAUGCAGCAGUACCCAGGCCGAGGCCUAGGGGACCACAGCUUCUGCCGAAGCCCAGACCGAGAGACCAACCCCUGGUGCUUCUUCAGACAGAGCUCUGGUGCCAUCAGCUGGGCAUACUGUGACUGCCAUCGGGGUGCAGCCAGAUUGGUGGGGGGGUCAUCAGGCAACAGUGGGCGUCUGGAAAUCUACUUGAAUGGCCAGUGGGGGGCAGUAUGUGACACACACUGGACUGACCGUGAUGCCAGCGUCAUAUGCAGACAGCUCAGACUGGGUGAGAUUGGUACAGCCCUGCAGCAUUCCUACUUUGGCCUGGGCUCUGUCUUCCACUAUGAGCGUCUGGGUUGCCGUGGUAAUGAGAAUUCCCUACUGGAGUGCAGGAGUAGGAAGUAUGUCACCAGCGACUGCAACCAUGGCAACGAAGCAGGAGUGGUUUGUGCUGAACCUGAAGGUAUUAGUAUUCCUUUGAGGUUAGUGGGAGGCCAGGAGGACUUUGAGGGGCGUGUUGAGGUGUACCAUGAUGGCAGGUGGGGAACCAUUUGCAAUGACGAGUGGGAUGACGCUGAUGCUGAGGUGGUUUGCCGACAGUUGAACCUGGGGGGCCUGGCCAAGGCAUGGACAUGGGCCCACUUCAGCCAGGGUUUUGGGCCCAUCUUGCUGGAUUGGGUUCAGUGUAAAGGCAAUGAACUGUCUCUGGAGGAGUGCCCUCAUAACAAGUGGGAACAGCACGGCUGUGACCACAUGGAAGUCGCAGGUGUGUCGUGCAACCCAUACACAGAUGGUGCGGUUCGUCUGGUUGGAGCAGACAGUCACUGGCACGGUCGUGUGGAGAUUUACUACCAGGGAGAAUGGGGCAGUGUGUGUGAUGACAACUGGACCAAGCUCAACGCCCAGGUAGUGUGUAGACAGCUGGGCUUCAGCGGCCGAGCAGAGGUGGCUCAUGACAGGAUGUAUGAGGAAGGCCGCGGGCUGAUUCUGCUGGAUGAGGUGCAGUGUCGGGGAACGGAAGCCACUCUACUAGCCUGCACCCACGCGGAGUGGGGCCAACAUGACUGCUCUCACAGUGAGGAUGUAGGUGUCCGCUGUGAGAGGGAAGGUGAUACUAAUGAGAUACCAGGCCUUUUGCCCCCUAUUGGCCCUCUGGUGCGUUUGGUUGCUGGAGAGAGCAGGAAAGAGGGUAGAGUGGAGGUCUUCAUUAAUGGCCAGUGGGGAAGUGUAUGUGAUGAUGGCUGGAAUGAUAUCAAUGCAGCUGUUGUUUGCAGACAGCUGGGAUUCAUUGGUGUGGCUAAAGCUCGAUCCAUGGCGUACUUUGGCGAGGGUCAAGGUCCCAUCCAUCUGGACAAUGUUCAGUGCUUGGGCACUGAGAUGUCCUUAGGUCAGUGCCCUUUGGAUCAAGAUAGCCAUGACUGUCGUCACAGUGAGGAUGCAGGUGUCAUUUGUGAUUACACCCUGGAUCCUGUGGGAGAUCGUGCCAUGGCAAUGCAGUCCUGUGGCCUGAAACUCAAUAACCAGCUUCGUCGACGCAGGAUCAUAGGAGGAGAUAAGUCACUGAGGGGUGAGUGGCCUUGGCAGGUGUCUCUGUGGCUCAGGUCUCAGUCUAAAGGCAAUCAUCCUCUGUGUGGCGCAUCACUCAUCAACCCUUGCUGGGUUGUGACAGCUGCCCACUGCUUCAAGAGAUUUGGAAGAGACCCGUUCCGCUAUGUGUUGCGCCUGGGUGACCACCAUACUGAGGAGGAGGAUGACUUUGAACGCACCUUGUCCCCUGAACGCAUCGUUAUCCACAGAAAGUACCACAAUCAGGGCUGGGAGUAUGACAUCGCCCUUCUUCGGCUCAAAGGCACAGAGGGCAACUGUGUGGCAUUCAACCCUCACACUGGUGCAGUGUGUCUGCCAGAGCCACAUAAAAAGUGGGAGAAGAGGCCUACUACCUGUGUAAUCACUGGCUGGGGCAUCACAGAUUCAGAGUACUCCCGGACACUGCUUCAGGCCUGGAUCCCCCUGCUUCCAGCCUGGAAGUGUAAGAAGCGAUACAGUGAUCGCUUCACGAGCCGCAUGCUGUGUGCUGGGAGCCUGUCAGAUCGCCACCGUGUGGACAGUUGCCAGGGUGACAGUGGGGGUCCAUUGGUAUGUCAGGGGGAGGGUGGACGUUGGGUGCUGACAGGAGUCAUCUCCUGGGGUCAUGGUUGUGGUAACCCCUCUUUUCCUGGGGUGUACACACGUGUUAGCAGGUUCCUGCGAUGGAUUGACAAGACUAUCAACAAACCCUACAAGAACUAAUAAUGGAGAAUAACACCUAUGACCUAUGGUAAUCGAAUUUCCAUUCGGCUACCAGGAAACUUGUGCACCCAUGAAGGCCUCUUCUGGGUACACAUGGCACUGUUCAGUAGUGCUAUACUAUAUCAGUCAUGUGAAAAGUUGAAUGGCAUUGCGCUAAAAUACAUGCCUUACAAUCAUAUUCGAGUCACCUGCAAAUUAAAUCCUCAUGCAGGUCAAAGUCAGUGAAAGAAUCACAGUAAUGGGGAAAGACAAAGAGCUUUUAAGAAUGAUGAGUUGUAUAUUACUGCAUUUCUACAUUAUAUUAUGCUAUACUAGAUAUCUUAUUUGUUUUAUUAACAUUCCAGAGUGCUUCUCUGAAGCAAGCUAUCAUUCAUUAUUAUUAAUGCUCAUUAAGGUCAUCAUUGUUGCCAAAUUUAUUUCUGCUGAAAUCAGCUACCGUUUAGCUAUUACAGGUCUAUCAAAUAUUGUCAACUACCAUACAGUACAAAGUGUAAAAAGUGUGCAAAUGUCUUGAUAGGCUGGCUACAUAUGGCUUAUAGAGGCUUCUGACCAAGACUGAAUAACCAGUCAGGCAAGACAGUGCCCUGGGGCCAGAGGCCUGUAAAAGCCUCAGGUUCACUGUUCGGCAGAUGGUUUGUGGUAAUUCAAUAAGCUGUAACUUUGCUUGGCGAUAUGGCAAUAUGUAUAUUAUCAACUGAUCAUAAGGGUUAUUAGGUCUGUGUUACAGAGGGUCCCUGUGUAUAUAGGGUAUUAUGUAGAUACAGAUUCAGAAAUGUAAUCACCCGAGCUUAUAUUUGCCAUACAUAGUGGAUAAUGUAAUAUUAUUUAAUUUAGUUAUUGUUUAUUUGGAAAAAUAUAUAUAUAUUUAUUUCACAUUGACAUUCCAAUGUGACCAAUAGAGCAAUGCAAAUAUUGUUGUAACCAUGCUGCAGGGACAUUUAAGUUAAUGUUUCUAAGCCACUGGAAAAAAGUUUUCAGCCUUAAGAUACUAGCAGGCUAGUCUCCAUUCAGACUUCAACCUUUUGUUCAUUUUCCAUAGUCCUCACAAAUUCACUAAUACUAUCUGAUCCAUGCUGUAUAAAAUCAAAGAAUUCUCAAAAAGAUACCUAUCUUGCAAAGGUUCACUUGGUGAUUUCAGUAUAAUGUCCACACCACUUAUUCCACCUCACCUUCAUCUCUACUGCCCUCAUGUUCUCUUAAAAAAACUCAUCUCACUGGUGAAUUUAUUUAACACAGGACUCAAUGCAAGAAAAUGUAAGAGGGCAAAAUGUAAGAAGAAGAAAAAGUAUCAUUUUAUUUCAUGUUACCUCUUUAGUCCUGUGUUAUUUGCAGUGUGUUUGUGUGUUGUGUGCAUUUGUUUUGGCAUUCUGCAGCCCAUUUUUGUCAUUUGCAGCACAUUGCUGUUGUAUUUAUUUUGGAUUUUUGUAUGUUCUUUUGAAUUUGCAUCUGCACCAAGGUGCAGUCUGUUUCUCCUAAAGGAAAUGUUUUGGGCAGUUGCAGCAUGUUUGCCCUUGUCGGCUACUGUAGUCAUCCCUAAUAGAAUACAUCCAAAUUAAAAAUAAAUAUUGAAAUCACAUGUCAUUAAUUAACUUUACACAGCCACUGUUUGGAGAACUCAUAUGAAGCAUUCUGCAAGGUUUGUGCAGGGGGCGUUACUUGAAAUGUACUUAGAAUAUCUGUCUAUGAAUGACCUGCAUCUCUUAUCAGUUGAGGUAAUUAAAUGACAUGCCCACUAUCAGAGAAUUCAGGCUAAACAAGUGGGCAAGAAAUCUUACCAGAACUUGAUGUUGUAUCUUGUUGUAUUUUGUACACUUGUGAAAAAAGCAAUACUAUCAUAGUUGGAGUUUUCAGUUGAACCAGUGCAUGGGCACUUAUGGUGGUGCGUGGUGUUGAAUCUCUAUAGAUGUAGAAACUACAACAGCUUUCAACUUCUUUUUUUGUUUUUUUUUUUCCAUUGCCUUGCUGUUGCUAUUUAUAUUGCUGCUGCCUGUAACACAACAUUUCCCCAGCUGGGGAUUAAUAAAGUUUAUCUUUGUCUUGUCACUGAACAGUAAAAGUGUGACAAAAGGCUCAUGACUUAUUUGCACCUACAAGUUCCCCAGUUGGAGUUGAUAUUAUGGCAGCAUUUUCUACAUCCAUAUUACUCACUUUUUAUCAUUUUUAUCAUUUUAUAUUUCUUAAAGUAGUAGGUGAAGUAUUAUAAAUGUGUCAUGACCCGUGCCAUGCACGCCGGUUUUGUUUAGUUUUCCUUGUUUGAUCCUUGCCAUUGCCUUAUUUAGUUAGUGUUGUCUCAGUCUUGCCAUGUUUUAUGU